CUCAGCAAGCACACACCUUCAGUUAUGUACACUCAAAUUAGGGAACACAACAACAGAUUUUAUGUUUUUAAAAUAAGCAGUCUAUAGACUUUACAAUACAAGUUUAGGUGUUCCAGGCAGCACAGAACUAAGAACACUAUUUUCCUCCUUUGGGAAGGGCGGGGCGCAGGGCGGCUGGCCCCGGCAAGAGGAGACACUCCAGUCGGCUGUAGUUCCUGAGCUGAACCCGUCAGCUCCCGCAAUGAAUUAAUGAAUUCCUGUGACAUUUGCACAUUUUCGGCACACCCACUUCACUUUGACGCUUACUCGACGCUGGUAUAGUCCGAGAAGAAAAUGCAGCCCGACAAAAUGUCAGAGCCUGCGGUGGCCGACACUCGCCGGCUGAAUUCCAAGCCCCAGGACUUGACGGACGCUUACGGUCCACCCAGCAAUUUUCUGGAGAUAGACGUUUUCGAUCCACAAGUCGUUGGAGUCGGUCGGCAACGAUACACGAUAUAUAAAGUUCGAAUGCGGACAAACCUUCCUAUAUUCAAGCUGAAGGAUUCCUGUGUGACCAGACGAUACAGUGACUUUGAGUGGUUAAAGAAAGAGCUGGAAAGAGACAGCAAGAUUGUAGUACCACCUCUUCCGGGUAAAGCCCUAAAGAGACAGUUGCCAUUCCGUAGCGAUGAGGGGCUUUUUGAGGAUUCUUUCAUCGAAGAGCGGCGGUCAGGCUUGGAGCAAUUCAUCAACAAAAUUGCCGGUCACCCUUUGGCCCAGAACGAGCGCUGUCUCCACAUGUUCCUGCAAGAAGCCGAGAUUGACCGUAACUACAUUCCUGGAAAAGUACGACACUAACUGGGAGAGAUGGGUGGGAGGUGGGGAGCUUCUGGCACGGACACCAUCGGGAAGUCCCUCGAUUUAUGGAAUAUAUUUCUGUGGCUCGUCUCUGCUAUUGUUUUAUAAACUGUAAAAACCCAAAUUAGUUUGUUUUGUACAGUGAAGUAAAAGCUAAAUGCUGCAUUUUUCUCAUGACUGUCACAUAUUCAUGAGUGUAAUAUACUGUGAAUAAAGUAGAAUAUUCUCUAAA